AUGAUUGAAAACAGCAUGUUCGAAGAAGAACCUGACGUUGUUGACUUGGCAAAAGAGCCUUGUUUACAUCCCCUGGAGCCUGAUGAAGUGGAAUAUGAGCCAAGGAGCUCACGGCUGUUGGUGCGUGGCCUUGGAGAGCAUGAAAUGGAUGAUGAUGAAGAGGAUUAUGAGUCAUCAGCAAAAUUGCUGGGGAUGUCCUUCAUGAACAGAAGCUCCAGUCUCCGGAACAACAUGUCUGUCUAUAGGCAAAGUUCAAACGGAUCAUGUUCACUGCCCUCUACAAGGACCAUGGUGGUUUGCACAGUUAUUCUUGUGAUUGCAGUUGCAUUAAUAAUGCUGAUUUAUCUUCUUCCCAAAUGUACCUUUACCAAAGAAGGCUGCCAUAAAAAAAAUCAUACGAUGGAACUAAUAUACCCUUUGGCAACCAAUGGAAAACUAUUUCCAUGGGCAAAAAUUAGACUUCCUUCUGAUGUUGUACCACUGCAUUAUGAUCUUGUCUUGCAACCAAACCUAACUACUCUGAAAUUUUCAGGCUCUGUAAAGAUAGUGGUUAACAUCAUCCAGGUAACUUGGAAGAUUGUGCUCCACAGCUCAGGACUUAAUAUCACCAAGGCAACUAUUACUUCCGCAGGAGGGCAUCAAGAAAAGCCAGCUGAAUUCCUGGAAUAUCCUUUGCAUGACCAGAUUGCAGUCAUGGCUCCUGAAGCUCUCCUUGUAGGACAGAAUUAUACUGUCAACAUAGAAUAUUCUUCUAAUUUAUCAGAUACCUAUUAUGGCUUUUACAAAAUUUCUUACAAGGAUGAGAAUUCCAAGCAAAGGUGGUUUGCAGCAACUCAGUUUGAACCUGUGGCAGCACGAUCUGCUUUUCCAUGCUUUGAUGAACCAGCAUUUAAAGCUACUUUUUUAAUCAAGAUCAAGAGAGAUGAGAAACUUUCCACUCUGUCAAAUAUGCCAAAGAAAGCUACUACUCCUGUGGCAAAUGGAAUUGUUCAAGAUGAGUUUUUUGUGAGUUUGAAGAUGAGCACCUACCUGGUAGCCUUUGUUGUUGCAGACUUGAAAAACAUUAGUAGGCAAACUAAUGCGAGUCUGGUAUCUGUCUAUGCCAUACCACAGCAUCUAAACCAAGUUGAGUAUGCCUUAGACACAUCAGUGAAACUUCUGGAAUUUUAUCAAAAUUACUUUUUAAUAAGCUACCCUCUUGAAAAAUUAGAUUUGGUAGCAAUUCCUGAUUUUCAGUCUGGUGCAAUGGAAAACUGGGGCCUGAUCACCUUCCGAGAAUCAACACUGUUGUUUGACAGUAAUACUUCUUCAGCAAGGGAUAAAAAAUUAAUAACUGCAGUGAUAGCACAUGAGCUUGCCCACCAGUGGUUUGGCAAUCUUGUAACUAUGGAAUGGUGGAAUGACCUCUGGCUGAAUGAGGGAUUUGCCACUUUCAUGGAGUACUUUGCCAUGGAGGAGAUUUUUCCAGAAUUACAUUCAGAUGAAGAUUUCCUUAAUUUAAUUUUCAAGGCUAUGAUGAAGGAUUCCUUGAAUUCUUCACAUCCAGUCUCCUCUGCUGUUCAGUCUUCAGAGCAAAUUGAAGAAAUGUUUGAUGCACUUUCUUAUAUCAAG